AUGAAAGUCCUGAAAUUGUUUAUGACUAAACUCCGGAUAACUUUAAAAGGCACACCAUUUAAGAUACUCAACUUACCGCGGACUGCAUUAAAAAUCGUCGUCAACCAAAUGGAUAUUCAAUCAACAUUGAAAUUAUCAAAAACAUCGAAGAAAAUGUAUGAAAAGAUGAAAAACGCUAAAAGAAACGUUUACAAGUUGAUUAUUGAUAAUCACACUGAUAAUCCUAGAAACGGAGUGACGUCAUUGCGGCUUAUCGCAUAGUACAGAAAUGCAUGGACCGUUUAAUUCUGCACACGUACAGUAUCAACGUCUGGAUUUUAUGGGCUUAGUGGGUUUCGCUAUUUAUGAACUUCUCGGUAAAGUUGUAAGACUAGUAAAUUUGGUAAUUGACAAAGAUUGUCUUUUUGGCGAUUACCAAGCUUUAAUUUGCCAUCCGAUUUUCCGAAAGUGCCAUUACAUGGAGAUUGUUGGAGGGUUUUUGGAUAUCUCGACAGAUGAAAUUAAUUUUGUGUUAAACAAGAUCGAUGUCAGCUACGGCCUGCUGAUUGAAUGCUCUUUGCCGGAGGAUUUCAAUAUGAAAUCUUUUUACAAGAUUGCUCGCUUGGAUAUUGUCGAUGCUGGUCAAAUCACAUUAGAAGAUUUAUUGAACAUGGACUGUGAAGUCAUCAGACUAUGGAAUCAUAACUUCACACCUCUGCGAAUCAAUCAGUUUAUUCAUAACUGGAUGCUAGGAGCAAUGCCCAAAUUAAGAAGGCUCCGUUUAAAUGACUAUUGUGAUCCAAGUCAGAUUGAUAGGAUGUUGCUCGGGGUUAAACAUUCAAAAUGGGAUAGAAAUCGUCGCCCACAAUGUUUUCGUUUCCUUGUCGUGUGGCUGAUGUUGCUCUAUUAUACCACUGAGCUUGUGUCUGCUUUCUUACUGCAUUACAUCCUUUUUGUUGUUAUUAUGUUACCAGAAACUCCAGAAUGGGGAAAUAUUGAUAUUACUGGUUGUCACAAUACUGUUUUUUUUACGAUUAUUGUUAGCAUCGGAGGAAGCAAAAGAACGGACGAAAUCGGUCAAGGACAACGAUUUCUACAGCGAGGACAAUUCGUGUGGAGGAGAAACUCCAGUUCAAACCGCCGCCAAGCUGUCGUUGGUCGCAUUGUCGCGCCGAGACCCGUCGUCGUUAAAG